AUGCAUAAUCUGUCAUUACGUUUAGACUUAUAUUCUCUCCGUAUAGAAAACGAGUCUAGAGAUCUAUUAUCAGACCCAUCAACGCCUCCACACUACGCCUUCGAGCACGCCGUCCACGACGACUACGCCGGCACCCACUUCGGCCACUCGGAGGCUCGCGACGGCUACAAGACGGAGGGCAAGUACUUCGUGCACCUCCCCGACGGCCGCGUCCAGACCGUCACUUACUACGCCGACGAGACUGGCUACCACCCCACCGUCUCCUACGAGGGGACGGCCCACUACGACGCCCACGCAGCCGCCCCUGCAAGGCUUACCACGCCCCUGAGCCUGCAUAUCACGCCCCACCCACCUAUCAUGCCUAAGAAAUAUUCUUGUAUGAAAAGUACAACGAACAUUGUCAAUAUUUAA